CCUGGACUCGGGCCAGUGAGCCCUCCCCCACCAGCAGCACCACACCCCCCGGCGGGUACCCCAAUGGAGAGGGCUACUACCUGCACAUGGACUCCAACACCUUCCGCCCGGGCGGGGUGGCCCGCCUGCGCAGCCCCCCUGUAUGGGAGCAAGGCCUCCUGUGCGUGCGCUUCGCCUACUACAUGUUCGGGCCGUCGUGGGGCGCCCAGCUCAAGCUGCUGUUGACCACGGACCCCAAGGGCAAGCGCUCCAACGUGCUCUGGAAACACAGGAACACCCAGAGCCCCUCCUGGAUACCCACUGCCGUCACGGUGCCCAUCGGGCGCAUCCUGCCCAGUCGGCUGACAUUUGAAGGAGUCAGGGGCAGCACAGCUUAUCUGGACAUCGCUCUGGAUGCCAUCUCUAUCCGUCGGGGCUCCUGCAGUCGGGUCUGCAAGACGCAAACGUGCAGUUUUGACACUCCAAAUGAUCUCUGUGGCUGGAGCUGGAUCCCGACGGCCUCUGGGGCCAAGUGGGUCCAGAAGAAGGGGUCAACAGGGGUGCUGAACGUGGGGCCUGAGGAUGACUUCUCUAGCCCUGGUAGUGGCUUCUACAUGCUCCUGGACCCCAAGAAUGCAAAACCAAGGCAGAGCUCUGCCCUCCUGAGCCCUCUGAUCCAGUCCUUCGGCUGCCUGAGCCUGUCCUUUCACUACACCCUACAUGGCCAGUCUCCUGGCGCAGCCCUCAUGGUCUAUGCUUCUGACUUGGGCAGCGGCCGGAAACACACACUCUUUUCAGGACAACCCGGACCCAACUGGCAGCCCGUUUCUGUCAAUUACACAGGCCAGGGACAGAUUCAGUUCACCGUGGUGGGCGUGUUUGGAGAGAUCCCAGAGCCAGUGGUGGCGGUGGAUGCAAUCAGCAUUGCUCCCUGCGGGGAGAGCUUUCCUCAGUGUGACUUUGAAGAUGAGGCCCAUCCCUUCUGUGACUGGGUCCAGGCAUUACAGGAUGGCGGACACUGGACCCAGGGAAGUAAAAACACGCUCAUCCAGGGUACAGGCCCCUCGGGAGCCUCCCUUAAUGGAGAGGGUCACUUUGUCUACCUUGAGGCUGACAAGUUCUCCCAGGCAGGCCAGUCUUUCAGACUGGCGAGCCGGACCUUCUGUGCCCCUGGUGCGAUCUGUGUGGAGUUUACCUACCACAUGUAUGGCCUCGGAAAUGGCACGAAGCUCAGGCUUCUGCUGGGGAGCCCUGCGGACAGUUCCCCAACUCCUCUCUGGGAACGAGUUGGGUCUCAAAGCGCUGACUGGCUGAACGACUCCAUCACCGUCCCUUCGGGACAUCAACAGCCCAUGCAGCUGAUGUUUGAGGCCGAGAGGGGCACCAGCACCGCCUUCAUUGUUGCUCUGGGUUUCAUCUUGAUCAGUCACGGGACCUGUCAAGGACCUGCAUCAGUAGUGCCUCCUUCCAAACCUCCCGUUAACUGCACUGGCCCUCCUGAAACCCCUGUCUGCACAGAGAAACUUGUGGCCCCUGAGGAAACACCCACCGUCCCCACUGAAAUAUCCACCAUCCUCACAGAGAAACCUGUGGCCCCCAUAGAAAAACCGACUGUCCCCACCGAAAGGACCACCAUCCCCACUAAAAAGACCACCAUCCCCACAGAAAAGCCGACUGUCCCCACCGAAAGGACCACCAUCCCCACUAAAAAGACCACCAUCCCCACAGAAAAGCCGACUGUCCUCACCGAAAGGACCACCAUCCCCACUAAAAAGACCACCAUCCUCACAGAAAAACCCACGGUCCCCACCGAAAGGACCACCAUCCCCACUAAAAAGACCACCAUCCCCACAGAAAAACCCACGGUCCCCACCGAAAGGACCACCAUCCCCACUAAAAAGACCACCAUCCCCACAGAAAAACCCACGGUCCCCACCGAAAGGACCACCAUCCCCACGGAAAAACCCACAGUCCCCACUGAAAGGCCCACAGUUCCCAUGACACCCCAGCCCAGCCCAACUCUUGUACCCACCUGGCCAACAGUUUUCGUGAUGCCAAGUACCUCCAUGACCACCGUGACCCCGGCCGCCACUGCAACCGCAAGACCUACUCCAGUGAGCUGCCCACCGAACGCCCACUACAAGCGCUGCGCCUGCCCAGCAUCCUGCCAGAGCCCCGCGCCCAGCUGUGGGCUCCUUUGCAAGCCCGGCUGUGUCUGCGAUCCUGGCUUUCUGUUCAGCGACUCCCGCUGCAUCAAUGCCUCUUCCUGCAAUUGCUCCUACAAUGACAAUUACUAUAAGCCGGGGACGGGGUGGUUCAGCCCCAACUGCACAGAACGUUGCCGCUGCCAGCCUGGCGGUCGGACGGAGUGCCAGCCCUAUAAGUGCGGGACACAUACAGUGUGCCAGCUGAAGAAUGGCCAGUAUGGAUGCCACCCCUAUGGCACUGCCACCUGCUUCAUCUACGGAGACCCUCAUUACUUCACCUUCGACGGGAGGCACUUUAGCUUCAUGGGCAAGUGCACCUACAUCCUGGCCCAACCCUGUGACAACUCGACAGAGCCAUUCUUCAGGCUGACGGUGAAGAAUGAGGAGCGAGGACAGGAGGGCGUGUCCUGCCUGAGCAAGGUCUACGUGACUCUGCCCGAAACCACCAUCACCCUGCUCAAGGGCAGACACACGCUGGUUGGGGGUCAGCGAGUCACCCUCCCAGCCAUACCUUCUAAAGGCGUCUUCCUGACUCCAAGUGGGCGAUCUGUGCAGCUGCAGACGGCAUUCGGUCUGCGGGUGAGAUGGGAUGGUGACCAGCAGCUGUCUGUGAGCGUGCCCAGCACCUACUCUGGCAAACUCUGCGGUUUCUGUGGCAACUAUGAUGGAGACAGUAGCAACGACAACCGGAAGCCGGAUGGUAGACCAGCGCGAGAUGAGAUGGAGCUGGGUAGCAGCUGGCAGGCCUCGGAGGAUGAAGACCACGAGUGCCAGGAGAACCAGGCAUCUCCCCCAUCUUGCGACACUGCCUUGCAGAACACUGUGUCAGGGCCAGAGUUCUGUGGACGGCUCACGGUCGCUCACGGAGCUUUUGAGGCCUGCCUGCCUCACCUCAGGGCCUCUUCCUUCUUCGACAACUGCGUGUUUGACAUGUGUAAUUUCCAGGGGCUGCAGCAGACGCUGUGUGCCCACAUGUCGGCCUUGACCGAGACCUGCCAGGAUGCCGGCUACGUGGUGAAGCCCUGGAGGGGACCCCAGUUCUGCCCGCUGGCCUGUCCACCCAACAGCCGAUACACCCUGUGUGCCAAGCUGUGCCCCGACACCUGCCAUUCCGAGUUCUCGGGCAUGACCUGCCAGAACCGCUGCGUGGAGGGCUGCGAGUGCGACCCGGGCUUCGUCCUCAGCGGUCUCCAGUGCGUCCCCAGGUCCGAAUGUGGCUGCCUUGACCCCACGGCCGGCUACUUCAAGGUAGGGGAGCGGUGGUUCAAGCCAGGCUGCAGACAGCUCUGCAUCUGUGAGGGCAGCAACAGAACUCGCUGUGUGCAGUGGAGGUGCCAGGCCCAGGAGGUGUGUGGUCGGCAGGAUGGCAUCUAUGGCUGCCACGCUCAAGGGUCCGCUACCUGCACUGUCUCGGGGGACCCCCAUUACCUGACAUUCGACGGAGCCCUGCACCACUUCAUGGGCACCUGCACCUACACCCUGACCCAGCCUUGUUGGUUGAGGUCCCCAGAAAAUUACUUCGUCGUGAGCGCCACCAACGAGUUCCGCGGCGGAAACUUGGAGGCCUCCUAUGUCAAAACCGUCCAAGUGCAGGUCUUCAACCUCAGAAUCUCCAUGAUCAAAGGCCGCAAGGUCAUGCUGGACGGUCGCCGGGUGGCCCUGCCCGUGUGGCCUGCACAAGGCCGGGUGAACGUGAGGUCCAGUGGCUCCUUUAUCCUCCUCUACACGGACUUCGGGCUUCAAGUUCGCUAUGAUGGGAACCACCUGGUGGAAGUGACCGUGCCCUCCUCCUACGCUGGCCGGCUCUGCGGGAUGUGCGGGAACUUCAACAACAACAGCCUAGACGACAAUCUGCAGCCUGAUAAAAGGCCUGCAGUCAGCUCCGUGCACCUGGGGGCCUCCUGGAAGCUAAAUGAGUUAUCUGAACCUGGCUGCUUUGCUGCGGGUGGCGGGCCCCCCAGGUGCCUGGGGAAGAAAGUGACGGAGGCCUGGAAUAAGAACUGUGAUAUCUUAAUGAACCCUCAGGGACCCUUCUCCCAGUGCCACGGGGUGGUGGCCCCGCACUCCAGCUUCACCAGUUGCGUGUACGGCCAGUGUGGGACCAAGGGCGACACCUCGACCCUGUGCCGCUCCCUGCAGGCCUACGCGUCCCUGUGCGCCCGCGCAGGCCAGGCCCUCGCCUGGCGGAACACCACCUUCUGCCCUCUGAACUGCCCAUUGGGCAGCAGCUACAGCACCUGUGCCAACCCCUGCCCGGCCACCUGCCUCAGCCUGAGCGCUCCAUCAUACUGCCCGUCCUCGCUGCCCUGUGCCGAGGGCUGCGAGUGCCAGAAAGGCCACAUCCUGAGUGGGACCUCCUGUGUGCCCCUCAGCCAGUGUGGCUGUACCAGCCAGAGGGGCUCCUACCACCCGGUCGGGGAGAGCUGGUACACGGACAACACCUGCUCCAGGCUCUGCACCUGCUCCGCUCACAACAACAUCUCCUGCCUCCAGACCGCCUGCAAGCCUGGCCAGAUGUGCGGGUCCCGGGAUGGGCUGAUACGGUGCCGGGUGGCAGGGAUGGGAGAGUGCCGCAUCCGUGACGCGUCCCACUACGUAAGCUUCGAUGGCAGUUACCAUGCGGUCAGGGGCACCUGCACUUACGUCUUGGUGAAAAUAUGCCACUCCACCAUGGACCUGCCUUUCUUCAAGAUCAGUGGCAAGAAUGGGAAGCGGAAAGACCAGCCCCACACUUUCUACCUCCGCCAGGUCCACGUGGACAUCUUUAAUACCCUGGUCACCCUGAAGAAGGACCAAGUGCUGAUCAAUGGCACACGGGUCACCCUCCCGGCGACCACCCAGAUCCGGGGAGUCAAAGUCAUUUCCAGGGACGGCUACACCGUGCUCACCAUCAACAUUGGGGUGCAAGUCAAGUUUGACGGCAAUGGUUUCCUAGAGGUCGAAAUCCCCAAAGCCUAUUAUGAGAAGACCUGCGGCAUGUGCGGGAACUUCAACGGCGAGGAAGAAGACGAACUAUUGAUGCCUAAUGACGAACUAGCCCUGGAUGACGUCAUGUAUGUGGACAGUUGGCAAGACAAGGAGAUCGACCCAAAUUGCCAAGAAGAUGACAAGAAGACUGAAGCAGAACCUCAGGAGAAGCCAAACACGAACUGCCAGGCAGCUGACCUGGCAAGAGCCCAGGAGCAAUGCCAGGCGGCUUUCCAGGCUCCAGCCUGGGCGAACUGUGCCACCCGCGUGAUUCUCAGUCCCUUCCUGCUCAGAUGUACCCACAGCCUCUGUGAGUUUGGAGGCCUCAACCAUGCCCUCUGCCAGUCUCUACAAGCCUUCGGGGCCGCCUGCCAGGCCCAGGGGAUCAAGCCUCCGAUCUGGAGAAACAGCAGCUUCUGCCCUCUGGACUGCUCCGCCCACAGCGUCUACACCACCUGCGUUCCCUCCUGCCCUCCUUCCUGCUGGGACACGGAAGGCCAGUGCAAAGGCUCCAGAGUGCCCUCCACCUGCGAGGAGGGCUGUGUCUGUGAGCCCGGCUACGUGCUCAGUGGACGGCAGUGUGUGCCCAGGAGCCAGUGCAGCUGCAGGGACGCCCAGGGCAACUCCCUCCCUGCGGGUAAGUCCUGGUUCUCCGGAGGCUGCUCCAAGAGGUGUGCCUGCAGAGCGGGCGCCAUUCAGUGCUGGCCCUUCACCUGCCCCUCGGGCUCCCAGUGCCAGCCCAACAAGGACGGCAAAGACUACUGCGCACCCGAGAAGUCGGAGCAAUGCACAAUUUAUGGGGACCCCAGUUACCGCACAUUUGAUGGCCUCAGCUACCGCUUCCAGGGCCGCAUGACCUACUUUCUGAUCAAGACCUUGGACGUGCUCCCUGAUGGGGUGGAGCCCUUGGUCGUGGAGGGCCGCAACAAGGUGUAUCCAUCCUUCAACCCCAUCUUCCUGCACGAAAUCAUCGUGACGGUCUACGGCUACACAGUCCAGCUCCAGACGGAACUGGGACUUGUAGUCAACGGUCAGAAGAUGACCAUCCCCUACGAGCCCAACGACCAGCUGCGGGUCACCAUGCGAGGCCAUCGCCUGUAUCUGAUCACAGACUUUGAGCUGGUCAUCAGCUUCAAUGGAAAGAACAAUGCAGUGAUCUCCCUGCCCAUCACGUACCGGAGGCUUGUGCGCGGCCUGUGCGGCAACUAUGACCAGAAUAAGAGGAAUGAUUUUAUGCUGCCCAACGGUGCCCUCACCCAGAACCUCCUUGUCUUUGGCAACAGUUGGGAGGUGAAGAAGACCAAGGGAGGCCUCCCCCGCUUCUCAAGGGAGGUACAAGAGGAGGAAGUGAAAGAAGAGGAGGCGUCAGGCUUUCAUGUGUCAGAAUGCAGCCCGGAGCAGCUGGAGCUCAUCGAGCACACACGGGCAUGUAGUGUGCUGGUGGACCCCCAGGGCCCCUUCGCUGCCUGCCACCAGCCUGUGGCCCCGGAACCCUUCCUGGAGCACUGUGUGUCUGAUCUGUGUGCCGCCCGGGACCCCAAAGAGCAGGACGAGCGGCGUUGCCAGGUCCUCAGCGGGUACGCCAUUAUCUGCCAGGAGGCGGGCGCCACCCCGGUCAGCUGGCGGAACCACACCCACUGCGCCUUGCCGUGUCCAGCCAAUACCGUCUAUCAGAGCUGUAUGACACCCUGCCCAGCCUCCUGUGCUGCCCUGGCAGCUCCCAGGGAUUGCAAGGGCCCCUGUGUGGAGGGCUGUGCCAGCCUCCCAGGCUACAUCUACAGUGGUGCCCAGAGCCUCCCCCUGGCCCACUGCGGCUGCACCAACAAUGGCAUCUACUACCAGCAGGGUGACAGCUUCGUGACCGAGGAUUGCUCCCAGCGCUGCACCUGUGCCAGCUCGGGGGUCCUGCUGUGUGAGCCCCUCAGCUGCAGCCCUGGGGAGAUCUGCACCCUGGGGAACCUCACUCGUGGCUGCUUCCGAGACAGCCCGUGCCUACAGAACCCCUGUCAGAAUGAUGGUCGCUGCCAGGAGCAGGGAACCCACUUCACCUGUGAGUGUGAGCUUGGUUACGGGGGACACCUCUGCACGGAGCCUCGGGAUGUGCCACCCCCCGAAAAGCCAGAAGCCUCCAACUUUGCGGUCAUCCUGUUGGGAUUGCUGGUGCCUGUGCUGGUCAUAGUGUCAGCAGUGACCAGAGAAUGCAUUUCCAGGAAGAGGAGGGGGGAGAAAAUGCAGAGCCAGACCAGAGACGAGCUGCCAGGUACCGAUUUUGCUCCAGAUCAUGCCUUCAAAGUCGCUCAGUUUUGAGUUGUCCACAGAAGAAGGAGACAUAAAAUUAUUUAUUUUUGAGA